AUGGAGACCUUCCACUACCAACUCCCAAACACUCUCCACUUCUUCUCACCGCCAUCUCUCUCCAAUCCCAAAGCCCAAAAAUCUUCUCUAAUCCAAUUCCAAUACCACCCAAUUCACGCUCCGAACACAGGUAAUUUCCGCUUGCGCAGUUUUGACGGUUUAUUGCGGCCACGGGCGGCGAGCGGCGGCAUGCUGGCGGAGCUGGAGAGGGAGCUGAAGGAGGAGAUGAAGGAAGGGGGGAAGUGGAGAGGGAAGUGUUCAGAGAGAGGAGGGAUCGCGGAGGUGAUGGAGUGUUUGGAGAGAGAAGCAAUCAUGGGAGAGGAUGAAGGGAGAGAGCCAGGAGAUUACAACAGAAGAGCUGACAUAUUUGAGAAGAGUUCCAGAGUGUUCCAGGCCCUCAAGGAAAGUGAUGAAUUAGCAGGAGGAGCUGCCCCCACUAAUCCCUGA